UGGUUGCCAUGGCAACAUUAAACGUGAACCCUGAGAGCACGGGCUGAUGUUGACGCUUCAAACGGCGACAGGUUAAUCAGAAAGUUAUCAAGUUUUAAUGCUUAACACGUGAAGUCAUUGUUAUUGACAAAUAUGAUCCACGACGAUUUUCGAGUGGAGUGGAUCGGACAGAGAGUGUCCGCCGGGUUCGGUUUACCGGACAGCGGCGCGUUCGAUGAUCUCCUGAGCCGGAGAGACGGAGAGGAGGAGGAGAAGAUUCUCCACUAUUUGAACGUUGUCUCUGAGGAGGAGUCCACUUCAGUUCUUAUGUUUUUCAAGACUUUUAGAGAGGAAGAAAUUGAAGUGGAAAUUCCAGUGGACAGGAGGAAAAAUAGGGACUCUGCAGAUCCUGAGAAGGAGGAGGAGGAGGAGGAGGAGGAGGAUGCAGAUGGACAAAGUCCCAGCCCUAAGAUGGAGCUUCAAGUGGUCUAUCACAUUGAGCUUCAUGUCGCAGUAAACGAACACCCAGAGAGGUUUUUGAAGUCCCGUGUCUUCUACUUUACCAGGAGCACAAAGGAGACCAUUGUUGAACCACUGGACAUGGAUGAGGCCAGUGUCCUGAUGCCCAGGCUAUUUAAGGUUGGCAUGUAUUAUGGACAACGCCUUCUUGUGCAGCAGAGCAAGCUUGCCAAUGUUGCUUUACCCGCGCUCACUGCUCAACAAAUGGAGAUGACUGGUUCUGGAAGCAGGGCAGUUUCUCCUCAGGAGGAGACUCUUCUGGAGUCAAAUGGACAAGUUACUGUUCAUGAUGAGUUGCUCAUCAGAAUGUACAGCUUUCUUGAAGUGGUCAGCACAACUCACCAGUCCCCUCAGAUUCAAGAGGUUACGCUGCACAUUCCUGAGCUAGAUCUGGAGCCAGAGGUGGAUGUACUGCUUUCUAAUCCAGAGGUGGUAGAGAAGUUGGAGCAGUGUGUGAUGAACUGGCAGACUCAGAUUACCAUUGUCAUUGAGGAGCAGCUAAACAAAAAGCCUCAGGGGCCUGGGCCUUUGGCUGAGACAGUCUUCUGGCAGGAGCGUGCAGCCAUCCUGAGUGCUCUGAGUGAGCAACUUAAACGGCCUGUGGUAAAGAAGAUCUUGGAGGUGAUGAACAAAGCAGAUGUGAGCAUCGUUCAGACCCUGGAGGAAACGCUUGCCGAACUUUCCAAAUACCUUGUGGAGGCGGAUGAAAUUAAAAGCUUCCUCCUCUUGAUGGGAAGACACUUCACGAAUCUGGCAACUGGAGCAGAUUUUGGUGUGAUCCUGGAGGACAUUCCUCCUCUGAUGGAGUGCCUGCAGAUUGUGUGGAUGAUCUCAUGCCACUACAACACUGAUGAACGCAUGGUCCCUCUGAUGGAGCGUAUUGCCUGGCAGCUUUGUGAACGUGUGGAUCACGUCAUUGAUGUCAACACACUAUUCAAAGAAAAGAGGGAAGCGGCCAAAUCAAAGGUGCAUGAUGCUAAACAGGUUGUGGAGCAGUGGAAGACAUCCUACUUUGAGGUGCGUGCUGAAAUUGAAGAAUCAGGCAGGCAUCCACGCUGGGAAUUCGACCGUAAAAGACUGUUUGAGAGGACAGAUUACGUUGCUUCUGUCUGCCAGGACCUCUACAAUGUUUUGCAGAUUCUGGAUGAGUUCCAUAACUUCUUUGGUCCGGAGCUGAAAGGGGUCACCGGUGAACCAAAACACAUCGAUGAAGUGCUGCGCAGAGUGAUCAGUUUGAUUCUGCCGAUCGAAGGCAUCAAUUUCAAACCAUUCAACAUCUGUAAGAUGAGCAGCUGGAAAACGAUCAUGCAAGACUUCUACAAUAAAGUUCAGGCUAUUGAGGGAGAGGCAAUCAGCUUCAUUGAUCAGUCUUUUAAGACACUGCGCUGUUCAGCCGCUGCCUUCGACAUGCUUCAGAAGUUCAAACACAUCCGCUCCAGAGAGGCCAUCAACAAGCAUCUGAUGGGAAAGUUCAAUGACAUCCUGGCUCAGUAUUGCAAAGAGGUGGACAGUAUAAAUGAAAUCUUUGAGGCAAACAAGGACAAACCACCACUAAUUAAGAAUGAGCCUCCUGUGGCAGGAGCCAUCAGAUGGAGCCAAUCUCUGGUCCACCGCAUCAAACACACCAUCCUUCCCUUCCUGAAAGUGUCCGAGAUGCUGGAGAGUGAACAGAGCCACGCAGCCAAGGACAAGUAUGAGAAAACAGCAGUAAAGUUCUUGGACUUUGAGGGGAAGAAGUAUGAACAGUGGAUGACUGCAACAGAACACAACUUGCCAUCACUAAUGAACAAACCCCUGCUGGUCAUCACCAGUGAAAGUCAAUCCCAGGCAGAACCAAAUAUUCCGCCAGCUGAAGGCAGCCUACAGAGAGGUGCGCGAUACGUUGUGAACUUUUCUCCAGAGCUCAGGGAAAUCAUUUCUGAGACAAAAAACCUUCAUUCACUGGGCUACUCUGUUCCUGAUCGGGUUCAAAAUGUUGCCCUGCAGGAGGACAAAUUAAUCAGAUAUGUCAAUGACCUGAAUAAUAUGGUCAAGCGCUACCACUCUGUGAUGGACAGCCUGAGUGAGCCACAGUCCAUCAUGCUGGCUCAUCUCAUCAAAGCGGUCAGAAAAGAAAUGUAUGUUGGAUCUAAAAGACUCAACUGGAAUUCUCUGGGUAUCGGCGACUUCAUUGACCGAGGCAUUAAGGCCGUCUCUAAGUUUGAGUCAGUUGUCAGUCAGAUUCAGAAGAAUGAGAGAGAGAUCGAUUCCAAGUUGCAAUCAAUGGUGACGGCCAACUUCAUGAAAUUUCCAGUCGCAGAUAAAUCAAAAGACCUACCAGGUGUCAAGGAGUUCUGUGAACGUAUCAAGCAAGAACGGACCAAGACAGUGAAACUGCUGAGCAGAAAGUAUGCGGACAUUGGAACCCUCAUCACCAAGACAGAACAUUUGAUCAUGGAAACCAGCAGUGGAAAAGCCAAAUGUAUGGCAGAUUAUUACAUCUUCUGGGAGAGCAAAGUAUACGACUCGCUCAUAAAAAUGGUGCUGAGGAACAUUCAGACCUUCAACACGGCACUGAUGGGAGAUACCGCUCUGUUCCGAGUUGAUGCCCUCCUGUCUGCUCCUAAGAUUGUGCUUCAGCCUCCAAGCAGUGAGAUCUACUGGCUUAUCAUGCACUGUAUCAGAGACUAUGUAGAGAGCACCAAGCAAUUUGUGCGUUGGUGGCGAGGGAGCUGCAUAGAGUGUUCACCACAGCAGGUGGAUGGUGAAGAGGAGGCGGUGACAUUUAGCUUUUUCAGUGAUGUGUGGCCCCAUCAUCAGAUAAAUGAGAGCGCCUUGACAGUGUCCCAGAACGUCCAGCGCCUGCUCUUCUCUGUGGAUCGGUACCUCAACCAUUGGAAACGCUAUCGACACCUUUGGGAAAGGAACCACACUGUGGUGAAUGAAAAGUUUGCUGCAAGAAAACCAUCCAUUGUCAUGUAUGACGACAAGUUUCAGUUCCUUUCUCGUAUCAGUCAAGAGUUGAUGCUGGAGCCUCUGUCUAAGAAUGAGCACAUCAUCCAUCUGAACCUGGAGCCUCUGGCUCAAACAGUGCAGGAGAUCGCUGAGUCCUGGAUCAGUUCACUGGGUAGCCUUCUCAACAAGCCAGCCAAAGAGGAUCUCUUCAGCCUGAGAGAUGAACUCAUGGAACUUGCUGAGAUGCUGAAACAGAGCCCUGACACUUUCAAGGAGCUGAAGUCUGUCCUCAGCACCAUCUCAAACAUCAGGGAUAUGUCUCUGGAUGUGGAGUUAAGAUUCAAUGAUAUCCAGGAAAGAUACAGAACACUGGCCAUGUACAAAGUUCAGGUCGGAGAGGAUGAACUGGAGCUGCUGGCCAAGAUUGACCAGAUGUGGAGUGACCUGCUUACAGAGUCCAGACAGGUGGAUCGAAGCCUAACAGAUGUCAAGAAAUCUUUUACUGCGAUGACAAAAAGGAAGGUGGAGGAGUUUAAGCAGGAGUUGUCUAUCUUCGCUGAAAGCUUCAACAUGCGCGGUCCCGGAGCUGUGGGAGAAGAUUUGGAGAAAGGAUUUAUUAUUAUGGAAACAUAUGAAUCAGAUCUCGCCAAGGUAGUGGCAGAAAGGCAGGAGCUAGCAAAUGCUGAGAAGCUGCUGGACCUACCGCUCACCAUGUACCCAGAGCUUAUCAGCAUUCAGAAGGACAUGAACGGCUUGAGACAGAUAUAUGAAGUCUAUAAAGCUCAGAAGGAUGCAAAGGCAGAGUGGUCUCAGACCUUGUGGGUGGACUUAAACAUCCAGCUGCUACAGGAGGGUGUUGAGGGUUUCAUCCAAAGCUUUAGGAAGCUGCCCAAAGAUGUGCGAGGGUUACCUGUGGCCUUCUUCCUCGAAGGACGCUUGAAGGAGUUCAGAGAAUCUCUGCCCCUUCUGUCGGACCUGAAGAAUGAGGCUCUCAGAGACAGACACUGGAAGGAACUGAUGGAAAGGACCGGCACGAACUUUGAGAUGAACCGAGACACCUUCACUCUGGAGAACAUGUUUGCUAUGGAGUUGCACAAAUAUGCAGAUGUCAUAGGUGAUAUUGUCACGUCUGCUAUGAAAGAGCUCGGCAUUGAGAAGGGAGUAAAGGAGGUGGUGGAGACCUGGGGACACAUGACGUUCAGUGUGCUGCCUUAUGUUAAAGGCACCCGGAAAUGUGGCUCUAUGAUUUGCGCAGUGGAUGAGAUUAUGCUUAAUCUGGACAAUGAUGCCAUGAACCUGCAGAGCAUGGCAGGCAGUCGUUUUGUUGGACCUUUCCUUGGUACCAUACAACAAUGGGAGAAAGACCUGUCCCUGAUCAGUGAGACCAUAGAGGUAUGGCUGCUGGUACAAAGAAAGUGGAUGUACCUGGAGAGCAUAUUCCUUGGUGGAGACAUUAGCUCACAGUUACCUGAGGAAGCCAAAAAGUUUGAUGACAUGGACAAAAAGUUUAAAGAGAUAAUGAGUGACACAGUGAAGGAUCCAAACAUUAGGCAGUGCUGCCUGGUUCCAAACCGGCUAACAAACCUGCAGGCCCUCAGUGAUGGUCUAGAGAGGUGCCAGAAAAGUCUCAAUGACUACUUGGACUCCAAGAGGAAUGCAUUUCCUCGCUUCUUCUUCAUCUCUGAUGAUGAACUGCUCAGCAUUCUGGGAAGUAGUGACCAUACCUGCGUCCAGGAGCACAUGAUCAAGAUGUAUGACAACAUAGCAUCUCUGAGUUUUGAGGCCAUAAGUGAUGGGGAGACAGUAGCUGGAGCCAUGGUAUCUGCUGAGGGUGAGGUGAUGGAGCUGAGGAAGCCUGUCGCAGUGGAGGGAAGGGUGGAGGAGUGGAUGACGGGAGUACUGCUGGAGAUGAGGAGGACUAAUAGAAUCAUCACCAAGGAGGCAAUAUUCUACUACUGUAAAGACAGGAGCAGGGUGGAUUGGAUGAUGCAGUACCAGGGCAUGAUGGUGCUGGCUGCAAUUCAGGUGUGGUGGACCUGGGAGGUCGAGGAUGUCUUUAAUAACGUGAAGAAAGGAGAGAAGCUCGCAAUGAGGAACUUUGCCAAGAAAAUGCACCAACAGAUUGAUGAGCUGGUUACACGCAUAACACAGCCUAUGAAGAAAAAUGACAGAAAGAAGAUAAACACGGUGCUUAUCAUCGAUGUCCAUGCGAGGGACAUUGUAGACAACUUAGUGCUAAACAGUAUAAUGGACGCACAAGAGUUUGAGUGGGAAAGCCAACUGAAAUUCUACUGGCUGAAGGAGCACGACGACCUCUUUGUGCGGCAGUGCAGUGCUUCGUUCUCUUACGGCCACGAGUACAUGGGCUUGAACGGUCGACUGGUUAUCACUCCACUGACGGACCGCAUCUACCUCACUGUCACGCAGGCCCUCUCCAUGUACCUUGGUGGAGCUCCUGCCGGGCCGGCCGGUACAGGAAAGACGGAGUCCACCAAAGAUCUGGCCAAAGCUUUAGGCCUGCUCUGUGUGGUGACAAACUGCAGUGAAGGCAUGGACAGCAUGGCUAUGGGUAAGAUCUUCUCUGGCCUCGCCCAGUGUGGAGCUUGGGGCUGCUUCGAUGAAUUCAAUCGUAUCGAUGCCUCAGUGUUGUCAGUUAUCUCCUCUCAAAUCCAGACCAUCCGCAAUGCCCUCAUUCUGCACCAUAAAAAGUUUACUUUUGAAGGAAAGGAGAUCAGCCUGGACGACCGCAUGGGUAUUUUCAUCACCAUGAAUCCAGGUUAUGCAGGACGCACAGAGCUGCCAGAAUCAGUCAAAGCCCUCUUCAGACCCGUGGUGGUCAUUGUGCCUGACCUGCAGCAGAUCUGUGAGAUCAUGCUCUUCUCCGAGGGCUUCCUGCUGGCCAAGGUGCUGGCAAAGAAGAUGACGGUUCUGUAUAAGCUUGCUCGUGAGCAGCUGUCCAAGCAGUCUCAUUAUGACUUUGGCCUGCGUGCUCUAAAGUCUGUCCUAGUGAUGGCAGGAGAGCUGAAGAGAGGCUCACCGGACCUCAGUGAGGAUGUGGUGUUGAUGCGUGCUCUCAGGGACAUGAACCUGCCAAAGUUUGUAUUCGAGGAUGUGCCUCUGUUCCUCGGGCUGAUCUCAGACCUGUUCCCUGGCCUGGACUGCCCCCGUGUUUGCUAUCCCAACUUUAAUGAUGGAGUGGAACAGAUCCUGCAGGAGGGCAGAUACGUCAGACUGCCUGACCAGGUGGACAAAGUGGUGCAGAUAUAUGAGACGAUGAUGACCAGACACACUUCUAUGGUUGUGGGUCCAACAGGUGGAGGAAAGUCGGUCGUGAUCAGCACUUUAUGUCAAGCUCAGACAAGAUUGGGAUUGCACACCAAGAUUUAUCCUCUGAACCCCAAAGCCAUCACUGUCAAUGAACUUUACGGCAUUCUGGACCCAGACACUCGAGACUGGACUGACGGGAUCUUAUCCAACAUCUUCCGAGACAUCAACAAGCCCACCGAUAAAAACGAGCGGAGGUACAUCCUGUUUGAUGGGGAUGUGGACGCGCUGUGGGUGGAGAAUAUGAACUCUGUGAUGGAUGACAACAGGCUGCUCACUCUCGCCAACGGAGAACGGAUCCGUUUACAGAGUCACUGUGCUCUGUUGUUUGAGGUUGCAGAUCUGCAGUAUGCUUCCCCUGCUACUGUUUCCCGUUGUGGGAUGGUUUACGUUGACCCCAAAAACCUGCGAUACACUCCUUACUGGCAGAGAUGGGUCAACAACAGACCUGAGAAGGAACAAGAAGCGCUCAACAAAUUAUUCGAAAAAUAUGUAAAAAGCUCGAUUGACAUGAUUGUGGAUGGGAUUGUUGAUGGCAAACAGGGCAAGAAACUGAAGACUGUCGUCCCUCAAACAGAUCUGAACAUGGUGACUCAGCUGUGCUUGAUGCUGGACGCGCUGCUCGAGGGUGAGAUCAGCAGAGCUGAAGUCCUGGAGUGUUACUUCCUGGAAGCUCUGUACUGCUCACUGGGGGCCACUCUGUUGGAGAGCGGCAGGACCACAUUUGAUGAGUUCAUCAAAAGGCUUUCCUGUUUAACUGUUGUACAGGAUGAGAAAGCCCUCGCUGGACCUGGUGAGAUCCCAGGAUAUCUGCCAUCUCUGUAUGACUUCCAUUUUGAUGGCACACAGGAGAAGUGGGUUUCCUGGAGCUCUCUGGUCCCCAAAUACAUUCACGACUCCGACAUGAAGUUUGCAGAUAUUCUAGUGCCAACUGUUGACACUACGAGAGCCAGCUGGAUCCUGGACCAGAUGGUGAAGAUAAAGAGGCCGCUGCUUCUGGUUGGAGAGUCUGGCACCUCCAAGACUGCCACCAUUCAUAACUUCCUGAAGAAGCUUGACGCAGAUACAAGGAUUACUCUGAUGAUCAACUUCUCGUCCAGAACAACUUCAGCGGACCUGCAGAGAAACCUGGAGGCCAGUGUGGAGAAGAGGACCAAAGAGAUCUACGGGCCUCCAGUGGGGAAGAGACUGCUGGUCUUUAUGGAUGACCUGAGUAUGCCAAAGGUGGAUGAUUAUGGCACACAACAGCCUAUCGCGCUUCUGAAGCUGUUACUGGACCGAGGAGGCCUCUAUAACAGAGGGAAGGAGCUCAACUACAAAGUCCUCAAGGACAUGGACUUCAUCGCCGCCAUGGGAAAGGCAGGAGGAGGGAGGAACGAGGUGGAUUCCCGCUUCGUCUCGCUCUUCAGUGUCUUCAGCAUGCCCUUCCCUGGAGUGGAGUCCCUCCACCUCAUCUAUGCCUCCAUUCUCAAAGGCCACACCAGACUGUUUGAAGAUGCCAUUAAGAAGGUUUGUGACAAAGUCACUGUCUGCACACUGGAACUGUACAACAACAUCAUCAAGGAUCUGCCGCCCACUCCCUCCAAGUUCCACUACAUCUUCAACCUGAGGGAUCUGUCCAGAGUCUACAACGGACUGACGCUCACCAAUCCUGACAGGUUUUUGACUGUCACCCAGUUUGUGCGUGUCUGGAGAAACGAGUGCUUGAGAAUCUUCCACGACAGACUCAUCGAUGAAACUGACAAAGCCUUGGUCCAAGGCCACAUCAAGAACCUGAUUGAGGAGCAUUUCAAGUCAGACAUAGAGGCAGUCAUGAGGGACCCAGUUCUUUUUGGAGACUACCGGACCGCCCUCAGUGAAACUGAACCAAGGAUCUACGAGGAUAUAAUGGACUAUGAUGCUUCUAAAGCCAUGUUUCAGGAAAUUCUGGAGGAAUACAACGAGAGCAAGGCGAAGAUGAAUCUGGUUCUGUUUGACGAUGCUCUGGAACAUCUGACUCGUGUGCACCGCAUCAUCCGCAUCGAUCGAGGCCACGCGCUGCUCGUCGGCGUGGGGGGAUCUGGCAAGCAGUCCCUCACCAAGCUCGCUGCCUUCACCGCCGGCUGUGAGGUGUUUGAGAUCACACUCAGCAGAGGAUACAAUGAGUCAAACUUACGUGAUGACCUGAAAAUACUAUACCUGAAGCUUGGCAUUGAAAAUAAGAAGACUGUGUUCCUCUUCACUGAUGCGCAUGUGGCUGAGGAAGGCUUCUUAGAGCUCAUUAACAGCAUGCUCACCUCAGGCAUCGUUCCUGCGUUGUUCCCUGAUGAUGAGAAGGAGUCAGUUCUCAACCAGGUUCGUGACGAGGCUCUGAAGAUGGGCGCAGGUCCCUCUAAAGAGAGUGUGUGGAACUACUUUGUCAACAAGAGCGCCAACAACCUACACGUUGUUUUAGGCAUGUCUCCAGUGGGAGACACCCUGAGGACACGCUGCAGGAACUUCCCAGGACUGACGAACAACACUGUGAUCGACUGGUUCCUGCCUUGGCCUCCACAGGCGUUACUCGCCGUGGCUCAGUCUUUCCUUGGUGAAAGUCCAAUGAUUCCUGAGGAGCACUCUGCAGCAGUGGUAGAUCAUGUUUGUAUGGUCCAUCGCUCUGUGGGUGACUACAGCAAGCUGUUCCUCCAGAAACUCAGGAGGUGUAACUAUGUUACUCCAAAGAACUACUUGGACUUCAUCAGCACCUACUCCAACCUCUUGGAGGAAAAAGACCAAUAUAUUCUGGCUCAGUGCAAACGUUUAGAGGGAGGUUUAGACAAACUGAAGGAGGCCAGUGUGCAGCUGGCUGAGCUGAACAUUAAGCUAGCAGAACAGAAGGUGGUCCUCGCUGAAAAGUCCACAGCUUGUGAGGCCCUGCUGAAGGAAAUCUCCACAAACACCAAUGUAGCUGAGGAGAAAAAGACUCUGGCAGAAGAAAAAGCCAAAGAGAUUGAAGAGCAGACUAAAGUGAUCGCUGUGGAGAAGAAAGAAGCUGAAAGCUCCCUCGCUGAAGCUCUGCCGGCUUUAGAGGCGGCCCGACACGCCCUGCAAGACCUGGAAAAAGCUGACGUGACAGAGAUUCGAUCCUUUGCAAAGCCACCCAAACAGGUGCAGGUGGUGUGUGAGUGCAUCCUCGUGUUGCGUGGCUACAAAGAGAUCAACUGGCAGUCAGCCAAGGGCAUGAUGUCAGAGGCUAACUUCCUGCGCUCGCUGAUGGAGAUGGACUGUGACUCCAUCAGUAACCACCAGGUCCGGACUGUCAAAGGCUUCCUGAGGAACCUCCAGACAAGCUACGAUGAGAUGCGAGCCAUCAGUAAGGCCGGCUCAGGAAUGCUCAAAUUUGUGGAGGCUAUCAUGGGAUUCUGUGAAGUUGCCCGGGAGAUAAAACCCAAGCGAGAGAAGCUGGCUCGCCUGGAGAAGAUCUUCUUUCAGAGUAAGCGGGAGCUGGAGGACAUUCAGAGUGAGCUCAGUGAUAUCCAGAAGGAGCUGCAGGCUCUUGGAGAGAAGUACCAAGCUGGUUUCAGAGAGAAACAGCUGCUCCAAGAGGAGGCUGAGCUCAUGGAAAGGAGGCUGAUAGCUGCCGACAAACUCAUCUCUGGCCUGAGCUCUGAGAACGAACGAUGGGCACAAGAGCUGGAGGAGUUGAAGCAGCGGCGUGUGCGUCUCCUGGGUGACUGUCUGAUCUCUGCUGCUUUCCUGAGCUAUGAAGGCGCCUUCAGCUGGGACUUCAGGAAUGAAAUGGUGUACGAAGUGUGGUUGAAGGAUGUGCAGGAGAGAGGCAUCCCUUCAAGCCAGCCUUUCAAAAUAGAAAACCUUCUGACGGAUGAGGUAGAAAUCAGCAGAUGGGGCUCAGAGGGUUUGCCUCCAGAUGAGCUGUCGGUGCAAAAUGGAAUCCUCACGACCAGAGGGAGCCGGUUUCCCAUGUGUAUCGACCCUCAACAGCAGGCCCUCAACUGGAUCAAGAAGAAGGAGGAAAAAAAUAAACUGAAGAUCUCAUCUUUCAACGAUCCAGACUUCCUGAAGCAGCUAGAAAUGGCCGUCAAAUAUGGCUUCCCAUUCCUUUUCCAAGAUGUGGAUGAGUACAUCGACCCAGUAAUCGACAAUGUCUUGGAAAAGAACGUGAAAGGAGCAGAGGGCAGACAGGUCAUCAUGCUGGGUGAUAAGGAGGUUGACUAUGACCCCAACUUCAAAUUGUACCUCAACACCAAACUGGCAAACCCCAAAUAUUCCCCAUCAGUGUUUGGAAAAGCCAUGGUCAUAAACUAUACCGUCACCCUGAAGGGUCUGGAGGACCAGCUGCUGAGUGUCAUCAUGGGCUUUGAGAAGAAGCAGCUGGAGGAGCAGCAUGAGCGUCUGAUCCAAGAGACCAGCGACAAUAAGAAGCUGCUGAAGAACCUCGGAGACUGUCUGCUCAGAGAGCUGGCCAUGUCCACAGGCAACAUGUUGGAUAACACCGAGCUGGUCGAGACGUUAGAGGAAACAAAGUCAAAAGCCAGUGAGGUAUUUGAGAAAUUAAAGCUGGCUGAGAAGACGUCUCUGGACAUUGAUAAACUCAGAAACGGUUACCGGCCUGCUGCCAAGCGCGGUGCUAUCCUGUUCUUCGUGCUGACAGAAAUGGCUCUGGUGAACAGCAUGUACCAGUACUCUCUCGCCUCCUACCUGGAAGUGUUUGACUUUUCCCUGCGCAAAUCUCUGCCUGACCAUGUCCUGGAUCAGAGACUGAAGAACAUCAUGGACACUCUGACGUACAGUGUUUAUAACUACGGCUGCACAGGUCUGUUUGAGAGACACAAGCUGCUCUUUUCCUUUAACAUGGCCAUCAAGAUUGAGCAGGCAGAAGGAGGCGCGCCUCAGGAGGAGCUCGAGUUCUUUAUCAAGGGUAAUCUGUCCUUGGAAAAGAGCAAGCGCAGAAAGCCGUGUGAGUGGCUUCUGGACCAGGGCUGGGAGGACGUGGUGAAGCUGGCUGAGCUCUUUCCUGAGCAGUUUGGUUCUCUGCCUGAUGACGUGGAAAACAAUUCCGCUGACUGGGAGUCUUGGUAUGACUUAGAUGCACCAGAAAAGGCUCCGUUGCCCAUGAAGUAUGAAGAGAAGCUGUCGGCCUUCCAGAAGCUGCUGCUUCUGCGCUGCUUCCGCAUCGACAGAGUGUACAGAGCUGUGACAGACUACGUCACUGUGACCAUGGGCGAGAAAUAUGUGCAGCCGCCAGUGAUUAACUUUGAUGCACUCUACGAGCAGAGCACACCUUCCUCCCCCAUAGUCUUCAUCCUGAGCCCCGGCUCUGAUCCAGGCUCUGACCUCAUGAAACUAGCUGACAGGUCAGGAUUUGGAAGCAGCAAAUUCAGGUUCCUCGCUAUGGGCCAAGGCCAAGAGAAGGUGGCGCUGCGCCUGCUGGAGACAGCGGCGUCCCACGGUCAGUGGUUGAUGCUACAGAACUGCCACCUGCUUGUAAAAUGGCUGAAGGACCUGGAGAAGGCCUUAGAGAGGAUCACCAAUCCAGACCCCAACUUCCGCUUGUGGAUCACCACCGACCCCAUCAAGGACUUCCCCAUCGGCAUACUGCAAAAGUCUCUGAAGGUGGUGACGGAGCCUCCAAACGGUCUCAAGCUCAACUUGAGAGCUACGUACUCUAAAAUCUCCAAUGAGAGCAUGACUGCGUGCCCACAUCCAGCCUUCCGCAGUCUGGUGUACGUGCUGGCCUUCUUCCACGCUGUGGUGCAAGAGAGACGCAAGUACGGCAAGAUCGGCUGGAACGUCCCGUACGACUUCAACGAGUCCGACUUCUUUGUGUGUAUGGAGAUCCUGAGCACCUACCUGACCAAAGCUCACGACCAAGGACACAGCGAUAUUCCCUGGGGAGGACUUAAAUACCUGAUCGGGGAGGUGAUGUACGGAGGGCGAGCCAUCGACAGCUUCGACCGCAGGAUCCUGACUGUCUACAUGGACGAGUACUUUGGAGACUUCCUCUUCUACACCUUUCGGCGCUUCCACUUCUUCUGCAACAAGGAUGUAGAUUACAAGAUUCCUCCAAAUGGGCCCAAGAACAUUUAUGUUGAUGAAAUUGAAAAGCUGCCACUGGCAAACACACCUGAGGUGUUGGGUCUUCAUUCCAACGCAGAGAUCGGAUACUACACUCAGGCAGCUAAAGACAUGUGGACUCACCUGAUAGACCUGCAGCCUCAGACAGGUGAAUCUGGCGGGAGCAUCAGUCGGGAGGAGUACAUCAGCCAGGUGGCUCAGGACAUUCAGAACAAGCUGCCCAAGUUAUUUGACCUGGAUGUGAUCCGUAAGCAGAUCGGCACGGACGUUUCCCCGACCUCCGUGGUGCUGCUUCAAGAACUAGAACGUUUCAACAAACUAGUGGUCCGCAUGCAGCGCUCUCUGGCCGAGCUGCAGAGGGCUCUGGCUGGUGAGGUGGGUAUGAGCAGCGAGCUGGACGAAGUCGCUCGGGCCCUUUUCAACGGUCAGAUACCUGCCAUUUGGAAGAAGUUGGCACCUGACACUCUGAAGUCCCUCGGCAACUGGAUGAUCCAUUUCCAGAGGCGUUAUGAGCAGUACAGUCACUGGGUGGACGAGGGAGAGCCGACAGUUAUGUGGCUGUCAGGACUCCAUAUCCCAGAGUCCUACCUGACUGCUCUGGUGCAAGCUGCAUGCAGGAAAAACGGCUGGCCUCUGGAUCUUUCCACGCUGUACACACAGGUGACCCAGUACAGCAGUGAGGAGGAAGUUGGCAACAGACCUGGACAAGGCUGCUUCGUGUCCGGCCUGUACCUGGAGGGAGCAGACUGGGACGUGGAGAAGAGCUGCCUUGUGUGGAGUAAACCAAAAACUACAGUUGUUGAGCUGCCGAUUCUCAGAGUCGUCCCCAUAGAAGCUCGUCGCCUGAGGUUACAGAACACGCUGCGGACCCCCGUGUACACCACCUCCUCACGCAGAAAUGCCAUGGGUGUCGGGCUGGUGUUUGAGGCCGACCUGUCCACCACCAGGCACCACUCACACUGGGUGCUGCAGGGAGUCUGUCUGUGCCUCAACACUGACUGAAGACCAGUCUGAGAUGCUCGGAUCCUUCAAGAACUGUGGAUGUUUGUGAGUCACCGACAUGAAACCUGGAGGCGGAGAGACGCUGAUGUCAGACAGAAACAAACAUCUCUCUGCUCUGAUUCCUCUGAUGAGCUACAAUCAGCUGAUGUCUCAAAAUAUUAACGUGCUAUUUUGUACAAGAAAUAUGGUUCAUCUGGUCUGACUGAAGAAACGUCUCUUUAAAAGAGGGAAACGUACCCAUCGAGUGAGCU